AUGGUCCUCUAUCAAUUGACGUUCCUCCUCUUCGCUCUCAUCGACCAUGCUACAGCUGCUAUGCCCAAAUUCGUCUUUGCGCACUUUAUCGGUGGCAACGCGGCAUCUCUCACACAAGAUCAAUGGGAAUCAGAAAUCAGAUUAGCUAAACAUUCGCUUAUCGACGGAUUUGCAUUGAACAUAGCCCAACAAGACACAAAUACAGAGAAUAUCUUACAAAAAGCAUAUGCUGCAGCUGAGAAUGUCGGAGAUUUCUCCCUUUUUCUUUCCUUUGAUUAUCUGUCCGGCGGUCCUUGGCCAGUGGAUAGAGUGGUCGACACCAUCAACAAGUACAAGGAGUCACCGGCGCAAUUUUACUACAAUGGCAGACCACUUGUUUCAACAUUUGAAGGAGUGGCCAAUAUUAACGACUGGCCUGGUAUACGCAACAAGACAGGCUGUUUUGCCAUUCCGGAUUGGACGAGUCUCGGGCCGCAGCGAUUUGCAGAAGUUCGGCAUAACGUGGACGGAUUCUUCAGUUGGGAUGCGUGGCCUGCUGGUGCCAAUAAUAAGUCGCUUUAUAGUGAUCGAGUGUGGAAAAACGCUACCCAUGGUAGACCAUAUAUGAUGCCUGUUUCGCCGUGGUUUUAUACGAAUCUUUCCCAAUGGAACAAGAAUUGGUUGUGGAAAGGUGCUCAGCUCUGGACAGAGCGAUGGGAACAGAUUUAUCGUUUCCAGCCAGAUUUGGUUCAGAUUAUUUCGUGGAAUGACUACGGUGAAUCGCACUACAUCGGUCCCGUUCAUGCCGAUGGUAUACCGCAAGGAGCAGCACGAUACGUCGAGAACAAUCACCACGACGCAUGGCGAGAAUUGCUGCCAUACUUUAUUGCAUCAUACAAAUUUGGUGAUAGAUCCCGAAUCCGCAUUGCACGAGACACGUUGGUCUACUGGUACAGACCCAACCCGAACCAAUCCGGUAGUAAUGGUGGUACUACUGGUAAUUGUCCGCAACAGGGUCAACAAGCAAUGGACCCAGCAGCCCUUGCGGAGGACAAAAUCUACAUUGCUGUCCUGGUCAAGGAGCCAAGUUGGAUUAGUGUACAGAUUGGGAGUAAUAACAUAACUAGCUUGUAUGCAGAUCGGGCCGGAUUGAGUACGUUCGAGGUACCCUUUGACGGGCAGACGGGUAACACGAAAUUCUGGAUUAUGAGAAAUCGGACUGAAGUUGCAUACACCACGGGACCAGCUAUUACGGCUGAUUGUGUUGAUGGAAUAGUUAAUUGGAAUGCAAUUGUUGGCUCGACGUGA